AUGAAAUUGAGCACGUUAAUAGGCGUGUUAGGGGUGGUAUCGACCACUGAUGCCUUAUCUUUCGGGAUGCCGCUCAUGAAAGAGAUUAAACAGUCGAUUUUCAAAGUGGAUGUGAAUACGGAAACAAUUGAUGGUGAUGCACCAAAAGAAUUCGAUUUUUUGGCCGAGCAAAGAAAAAAGUUAGGCAAUAUUAAGGAGAGCUUUAAUGAGGAUGUGGUUUAUGCUUGGGAAGAGAUGCAGAAGAAAUUAAGUCCGCAGAGGUUACAGAGAAAGAUUGACGAGUAUAAUUCUCAAUUUAAGGUUUCGUCUGAAAAUAUGAACAACAGGGUUAAGGAAACUUUCAAGUCGUAUUCUUCUGGUGAUGACUUCGAAGUGUUAUCGGCCGAUAGGUUUGCAGACCAUACUUUAAGAAUCAAGGAAACUAACCCGGAAGUACUUGGUUUAGAUACUGUUAAGCAAUAUACAGGGUACUUAGAUGUCAAUGAUUUGGAUAAGCAUUUUUUCUACUGGUUUUUUGAGUCCCGUAACGAUCCAGAAAACGAUCCGGUUAUCUUGUGGUUGAACGGAGGUCCUGGCUGUUCGUCGGCCACAGGUUUAUUUUUUGAAUUGGGUCCUUCUCUGAUCAAUGCCACCUUACAACCGGAAUAUAACCCUUAUUCUUGGAACUCCAAUGCAUCUGUUAUCUUUUUGGACCAACCGGUGGGAGUCGGCUAUUCGUAUACAAACGGCGAAGAAGUCAAAAGCACCGCCUCUGCUGCUAAAGAUGUGUUCGUAUUUUUGGAAUUAUUCUUUCAGAAAUUCCCCCAGUUUGUAAAGAAUCCAUUUCAUAUUGCUGGUGAGUCUUAUGCUGGCCAUUAUAUUCCAAGUUUUGCCAGUGAGAUUAUUAACCAUGCCGAUAGGUCGUUUGACUUAAGUUCUGUAUUAAUCGGAAAUGGCAUCACUGAUUCGUUAAUUCAAUCUGCAUAUUACAAGCCAAUGGCAUGCGGUGAAGGUGGCUACAAGCAAGUUAUUACUGAUAAGGAAUGUGAGAGAAUGGAAAAGGAUUAUCCACGGUGUGCUGCCUUGACAAAGAUUUGUUAUGAUGCCCCUAAUGCAUUGACAUGUGUUCCUGCCAACUUCUAUUGCGAAGAAAGAUUAUUUGGACCAUUUCAAAAGACAGGAUUAAACCCUUAUGAUAUUAGAACUACAUGCAAGGGUGACUUAUGUUACGAAGCUUUGGGGUAUGUCGAUGAAUACUUGAACCUCGAUUUCGUCAAGAACGUAGUUGGUGCCUCGAACAUCGAAAUGUUUAACAGUUGUGACGACACCGUAUUCAGAAAUUUCUUGUUUAGUGGAGACGGCCCCAAACCAUUCCAGCAGUACGUCGCCGAGUUGCUCGACAAGAAUAUUCCCGUCUUGAUUUAUGCCGGCGAUAAGGACUUCAUCUGCAACUGGCUUGGUAACCACGGGUGGUCCGAUGCUUUGGAAUACACUGGUCACGGAGAAUUUGAACUGAAGCCAUUGCAGCCAUGGUAUACCUCAGACAAGAAAUUGGCCGGUGAAGUUAAAAACCAUGGUAUUUUCACGUUCUUAAGAAUCUAUGACGCAGGCCAUAUGGUUCCAUACGACCAGCCAGAGAAUGCCUUAGAUAUGGUCAACAGAUGGAUACAAGGCGAUUAUUCGUACGGUUAUUGA